UUGGCCAAGCUGUUUUAUGGCGCAUUCAGUGGAAUGUUUUUGAGUUUAUUAGUGCAUUGGAGCUAUGGUCCUACUUGGUCUGCAGAUACUUGUAUGAUAAUACCUUUAGUAGCCAACAUGUGCAGCGUUAUGAUUUGGAGUCGCAACAUAUUUCGCAUUUUGAUAUGUCUGCUGGAAAUUGUGGCAUUGCAUGGAGGUGCCGGGUUGAGUGAAGAGCCUGAUGGUAGGAAGGGGAGGGACUUGGGUCCCCUAAUCGAAAUGUUGGCUAGGAAGGUCAGCCCCCGCUCUCCACUGCUCUCGGGGCAGAAGGAAGAUGACCAACACAUGGACUACAUGGCUAACCUGUACAGACAGUCGGCAGAUCGGAAUGGGAAUCCCAGAGCUAACCGAAGCAUUAUGACAAAUACCAUUCGCUUGGUGAAAUCCAGCUCGAGUGUUUUGCUUGCCAGUUCAGGUCACUGGCACGUCCACCAUGUUGAAUACAAUCUGCAGUAUAUUCCAGAGCUGGAACAUUUGAUUAAAGUUGUUAUUGUUUAUUUGCACAGUCCUCUUCCUAAUUACUUCAAGGUUUCUUGUGAGAUCAAAUGCCUCCUUGCAAAUUAUGUUGAUGUAAACUUACAGAAUAACACUGCCAUAAAAAUGCCUGUCAAAUUUAUGCUGAAGAUGCAUGCCCAAUGGGGAGAAGCUGAUAUAACUCCUUGUAUGCAUUUCCCAUCUGGCAAUUUUGUGAAGAAAAUUGAUCUGAGCAUCAGUUAUAAGUGUACUGAACAAGGAAAUGUCAGUCAAGGAACUCUGGACAAAAAGAAUGCUAUCCAGCUCCAAGUUCCUUCAUUGUUAUUGUACUUGAAUGAUACUGAUGAGACUGCUCAUCAAAGGACAGAGAAAGAAAAGCAGCAAUUUCUCAAAAAGCCAUCCAGAUCCCAUCGGUUCUCCAGGAAGCCUCGGCAAUUAAGUAACAUUGCCUCAGACAUUCCUAGGAUCCGCAAGAGAAGCCCUCCUAGGAACAAUUGCAAACUCCAUUCAUUCUGGGUAAGCUUUGCGCAGUUGGGAUGGGAUCACUGGAUCGUGGCUCCUCACAAAUACAAUCCUAAGUUUUGCAGGGGUGACUGUCCUAGAAUUCUCCACUAUGGAUAUCAGUCUCCAAACCAUGCAAUAGUACAAAAUUUUAUCAAUGAAAUUGUUGAUAAAAAUGUUCCACGACCAUCUUGUGUUCCCUCAAAAUAUAGCCCAAUUAGUGUCCUUAUGAAGGAGCAAAAUGAUCAUAUUGUGUACAAAGAAUAUGAGGACAUGAUUGCAGUUUCUUGUACAUGCAAAUAGAAUUGUCAAUUGUACCAUAACUUUAGAAUUUAGGGAAGUACUUGCGUACAGCAACUAGUUACUUGAGUUGGUUAUCAUAAAAUGUUCACGUCUUAAUUACAUCCAUUCAAAUUAAGUCGUUCCAUGACUGGCUCUUGGAUGUAAUUUACUAAUUCUAAUGCCAAUUAAAGUAACUUGUCUAAAUUGUAGUGCAGUGUACCCAUAGCAUUACUAUUUGGUCCCCUGAAAGUAAUGUUCUUCCCCCUUAAAAUGUGAUCCUGCAGCGACUUGCACAUUAUUGCAGUUGGUGAGGGGUGUAGAUGUGUGAAUAGAGGAGGAAUAUCCCAAGUGUGAAGAAUAUUCUGCAAAAAAUGGAAACAAUAUUUGAUUAAAACUUGAUGUAAUGAGUUUAACAAUUUUGUAGUAUCAUAUUUAUAAUUGUACUUUGUAAAUAUUGCUGAGUAUUUCCAGUCAAGUUUGCUAAUGAUAGGCAGAGUCCAUCUUUUAUAUUGUCAAGUCUGCUAUUUCUAAUCCACUCGAAUAGGAAUCUUUCAAUCUGAAUGUAAAUAGCUUCAAGUUUUAAUGCCAGAAUUAGAAUAACUCCAAUAAAGUUGUUUAGUCUUACUUGCAGUAACCUUUUAAAUUGAUAAUAUUUCUUCAGUAAAUGAUGUUUCACUUGAGUAUUCCACUAGAUAGAUCAAGAUGCUACCCCCAAAAACUGGCACACCAUCACCUUUGAGCUGCAGUACAGUACACAAUACAUAGAGGUUGGGGAGCCAGGGAGAGGAAAACACAAGAUUAGAGGGAAGAAAUGGCUUGGGAUCUCACUAAAUGAGUCAUAAUUUUGUUCACUAGGAAUGACUAACUCAAUGGAACAAAUGUAAUCAUUUUUAAUUUCUAAUGCACUUUGGUUUUUAAACACUGAACUUUUCUUUUAAAGAACUGGAACAAAUGAAUCUUGGCUACUGCAGUGCAAGGAUUAAUAUAAUCUAAAAUGUAUGUGGGUAUAAUUGGAAGAUGUAGUUGUAAAUCUAGAAUCUGAAGUUUCCUCUGCUUCUGGUUUAUCUAUUACUCUGAAAUUUUCACUGUUACUUGUCCAGACUUGCUGAUAUCACCUGUUUCUUUUUCCUUUUAAGCUACAGUUGAUCUAUUUGCAAUAGAUGCUUAGCUGACAAGAGUAGAUCUAAAUGCUACCCCAUAGAUUUGGCUUUUGUGUACACAAUAUUUAAUCAAUGAAAUCCCUCUAUACAAUAGAUAUGUGAUAUGCUUAGAUAUGGAAAUUAUUCAGUGACCCACUUAUUCAGUAUCUGUAAUUGGUCUUCCUAUUUUGGGGUUUAUUUGUACAAAUUUGGGGUGUUCAUUUACUG